AUGAGGGCUCUCUUCUGCGGUUUCCUCCAUAGCUGUGCUCUGCUGUUUACUUCCUGCCCUCCAACCAAAAUCCGCGCCACGGUAGCUUCCUGCCCAGCGCCCGCUCCGGAUGUAGAGGAAACCGAUCAGAUCAGUAUGGGGAGAAAAAUGUCUCAAAAGAUCUGUGCGGCCGUGUUUCCUCUGACCCCACCCAGCGGCUCUCCCUUCACCGUAACCGGUUACAUCCAAUCUCUGGUUCUUUACCCACAAUCCUUUGGGUUCUACUCAACCAUUCUCAGUCUAAAGUUUGGUUCAGUGUCACGCAUGAGAAAGGAAGACAGAAAGGUUCUGACCCAGGCUGGGUGGGCUGUGCAGGGUGGAGCCUGCCUGGAUGGAAAACAACCCAAACCAGGAGACCUGAUUGAGAUCUUCCGUGUCACCUAUCAGCACUGGGCCGUGUACAUCGGUGAGGGCAACGUGGUUCACUUAGUCACCUCUGAGGGAGCUUCAGAUGUCAGCACAAUGCCUCAUAAGGACCAGAAGGGCACCGUGAGGAAGGAGAAGCUGAAGGACGUUGUGGGAGACUCUAAAUGGAGAAUCAACAACUACCUGGAUAAGGAACGUCCACCUCGCUGUAACAACGACAUCGUGAAGGCGGCCUGCAGUCUUGUGGAUUCUGAACUGUCUUAUAACCCCCUCAGCUACAACUGUAAGCACUUCGCUACGGAGAUGCGCAACGGCAGGGUCGUGUCCCGACAGUUUGCUUAA